AUGUCUGAGACAGUCUCAGUGGAGGAGUAUGACGGCAUUUACUCUCAGUCACAAUCUCGACCCAGUAACCAAGGUACACGGAGUGGCAGCCCGACCAUCAGCAUGGAGGAACGAGCUGAGCAACUUUCACCUAUCGAGCACGUCUUUCGAGGUUAUUCAACCUCAGAGGAAACCCUCGACGGACUAGGCGAUGAGCCAGUUCCUGGCCCUCCGCCUGCUACUCCAACUAGCCUCUCUAAGACUAGGCAAAUUCGUUUGUCUGACCUGUUCGAACCGAGCGUACUUGGCUCGGGUGUUGCCCCGGAGGUUAUUGAGAUCGAUACAAAGGGCAAAAUCAAUGAAACCACCACCGAGCUGGUAACCAAGCAACUAAGCAGGCGGGAAGCGGGCCCGGGUGUCCCCUCCGUCGAAAGUUCAAGCCCUCUGAUCCCUCUAUCCGCCUCGAGGCUGCCUGAGGGUUGGGUCCGAAGAAGUUGGGAGUUAGCCGAUGAAGCCGAGCGCCCGAAUUCCCGCGAGAGGAAGCUAAAGCUGAAAGUGUCGAGGGGUGCACUCUCCAAGUCUCGACGGCAGACAGGCGGGACAUCCGGGGCAUCCUUUGAUAGUCAUCGUUUAAGCUCAGAGCUGAGCCGGAGCGACGACGCAUCUCCGAAUAAUGUCGAGGGCCUCGAGGGCCUCGAACGUCACUCGUUCAUCACCAACACUCCGCCAGCGCCCCCGCCGAGCCAGUGCUGCGGGGAGUUUGCCAACCAGGCCUCCCGCACCACUCAGAAGCCGGCUGUGCCGAAUGAAAUUCUCACUUUGCUUUCCUCGCGUAGCCGUGUAAACGGGAAGGCCCUCCGCCGGUUACAGAAGCGCUUUCCGGACCUUGAGAGCCGGCUCGGCGAACUUCACUUACAGAUGCUAGAGCAUUCAACAACAACUCACGCCUCCGAGGGCGGAAGAGCGGUGGGCGUUGCGGACGCGAACCCCGUACGGAAACGCCGCCAUGGUCGUCUCAGGGGCCGGGUGGCUAGGUGGAUGAGCAAGGCGAGACAAGCCAUCACUCGCAGCCGUAGUCGUCCGAGAAGUUGCAGGUGA